AUGUCCCACCAAGGUGACGAAACUUACCUCCCCGCCUUCGCCCCCGGCAAAUCUCCCCACGAGUCCCCCUAUAUCUCCUACGGCACUCCGUACCCCAAAGCCUGCGCCCACCACGUCGCCUCCACCUUCCACGCCCGCCGCGUCUACAUCCUAGCCUCCGGCGCCCUAAGCCGCAACACUUCUGACCUCCCCACCCUCGUCAGCGCUCUCGAGUCUGAAAUCGGCGACGGUGCCGUCGUCGGAAUCAGAAAGGGCGUCAAACCCCACUCCCACUACUCCGACAUACUCGAACUCGUCCAUGAAGCUAAAACCGCGAACGCGGACAUCCUCGUCACCCUCGGCGGCGGCAGUCUGACCGAUGCGGCCAAAGUCAUCGCCCUCGCUCUCGCCAACGACGCUACGACCCUCGAUGACCUCGAAACGCUCUACUUCGACUCCCCGUCCCUACGCCAUCCGCUCCUCCCAGCUACCAUCCCAAUCAUCUGCAUCCCCACCUCCCUCUCCGCGGGCGAAUACACCCCCCUGGCCGGCGCCACCAACGACGCGACGAAGCACAAACACUCCUUCCAGCACCUCUCCAUCGGGCCCCGCCUCGUGAUCCUGAGUCCGGAACUGAGCACCACGACCCCCCUGCCCAUCUGGCUCAGCACGGGCGUCAGAGCCAUCGACCACUGCGUCGAGGCCAUCUGCAGCACCGCCUCCACAGCCGAAGGCGACGCCACCGCCGCGAAGGGCUUGCGGCAACUGGUCCCCGGCCUGCUGGCCACGAAGACGGCGCCGCGAGACUUGGCACCCCGCAUGCGCUGCCUGCUCGGCGCCCGGGACGCCAUCGGCUGCGGCCUCCUGCGCGUCCCCAUGGGCGCGAGCCACGGCAUCGGGCACCAGCUCGGCCCCCUCGGCGUCGGCCACGGCGACACGAGCUGCGUCCUCUUGCCCGCCGUCAUGCGCUUCAACCGGCCCGUCAACGCGGCCAAGCAGGACGCCGUGCUGCGCGUCCUGUGGGGCGAAGCCGCCGUCGCCGCCGUCCUCGCCCGGAGGGGCCUCGACCGCGAAUCGGCCGACUUGGGCGCCGUGCUGGAUGCCCUCUUUCGGGAGUUGGGCCUGCCGAGGUCGUUGAAGGAGGUGGGGGUCGGACGCGAAGGGUUGCCGGCGCUGGCGGAGGGCAGUUUGCGGGAUCGGUAUUGUCGGUCUAAUCCGGUUCCGUUGAGGGAGGGGGGGCAGGUGAUGGAGAUUUUGGAGAUGGUGGUUGGGGAUUGA